GUUAGGGUUUAGCUCCUCCUCUAUAAGAACGCCGCCUCCACGAUCCCUCUCGCCUUCCCCACCUCCCCCUUGACAAGUCACACACACCUCGCGGCGGCGGCGGCCAUGGUGCAUGUCAACUUCUACCGCAACUAUGGUAAGACAUUCAAGAAGCCAAGGCGUCCGUAUGAGAAGGAGCGUCUUGAUGCUGAGUUGAAGUUGGUGGGCGAGUAUGGCCUGAGGUGCAAGCGUGAGCUGUGGCGUGUGCAGUAUGCCCUCAGCCGCAUCCGCAAUGCUGCAAGGGAGCUGCUCACCCUCGAUGAGAAAAACCCCCGCCGUAUCUUCGAGGGCGAGGCACUACUGCGCCGCAUGAACCGCUAUGGUCUCCUCAGUGAGGACCAGAACAAGCUUGAUUACGUGCUUGCGCUCACCGUUGAGAACUUCCUGCAGCGUCGCCUCCAAACCAUUGUCUUCAAGAACGGCAUGGCAAAAUCCAUUCAUCAUGCUCGUGUACUCAUCAGGCAACGCCACAUCAGAGUUGGGAGGCAGCUUGUCAACAUUCCCUCAUUCAUGGUGAGAGUUGACUCAGAGAAGCACAUUGACUUCUCCCUUACCAGCCCAUUUGGUGGUGGUGAGGCUGGAAGAGUGAAGAGAAAGAACCAGAAAAAGGCUUCUGGUGGAGGCGGUGGUGAUGGUGAUGAGCAGGAAGAGUGAUCUUGUGAUGCUAGCUCCAGAUUUUGUUAGGACCUAAUUUUGCGGUCUUCGCUAGGACCUAAUUUUGUUACAUGAAUCUAAACAAAAGUUGUCCAUUGAGGUUUGUCUAAAAUUGCUGUUAAGUUAUUGAAUUUGUCACUGCUGAGACUUGGUUUCAUCAUUGAAGUCGCCUGAUGAACAUGCAUGUGAAUUCUUCGAGACUUAA